AUGACGGAGAUUAGCAAGCAUGACGCCCUUGUCCUGUUGACGCAGGCGGCAUUCAUUCCAAGGCUGUCAUACUUUUUACGUACCUCUCCUGGCCCGUCUCAACAAACAUCAGAUGAAUUCAACAACGAACUGCGCAUGAGUUUUCAGACUAUAUUUAAUGUGUUUUUUGAUGAUAAAGGUUGGAGGCAGGCUAUAUUGCCGGUAAAUAUGGGUGGACUGGGUUUGGGUGUCGUGGCCGAGUUGGCACCAUCAGCAUUUUUGUCAUCGGCCGCGGCCACGGCAUCCCUCCAGGAUAAAAUCUUACCAAUGAAUGUAGCAUACCAGGAUGAUUUGAGACUUGAAACAUUUUGGCGUUGGUGCACGGUUUACGGGGAUAUAAUGGACAUAAAUGUGUGUUCGCAGAAGAAAUGGAAUGAACCAUUUUUGAAUGUUUCAAAAUCAAAACUGGAUGAAUUAAAUGACUCUCCCUCAGAUAAGGCCAGGUUGAUGGCCGUCAGAAGUGAAUUGGGGUCUGCUUGGCUAAGGGCCAUUCCCAGUACAGCUUGUGGUACAAGGCUCGACAAUGGUUCUAUUAGAGUGAGUUUAUGCUUGAGACUUGGGUUACCGGUGGUGUCAGGUUACAGAUGCUUGUGUGGGGCGGAUGUUUUUCAGUUAGGUCACCAUGGUUUAUCGUGUAGGCUUGGUUCAGGAAGACAAGCAAGACACUCUGCCAUGAAUGAUUAUACAUGCAGAUUAUUUCAGAAAGCAGAUAUACCCGCCGUUAAGGAACCAGCAGCCUACUAUCUGAAAGCAACUUCAGGCCAGAUGGUUACACUCUGGUACCGUGCCGAAAGGUACAUCAAUUACACGGCUAGGGAGCAAGGUUCCGCUGCGGUGAAAGCUGCUGAUUUCAAGAAUACUAAGUACAAACAUCUAAACGACAAUACGAGAGUUUUCGUUCCGAUCUGUAUGGAGACAUUUGGCCCAGUGGAUAAACAGACACAAUUAUUUUUUGAUAACAUUGGUACUAAAAUAGUUGAAAAAUCUGGUGAUCCCAAUGAUAAAAUUUAUAUUUAG